UGUCCUCUCCAUCCCAGGGACAUCCUGAUCACCAGCGUGGACGCCGCAACCACCUUUGACGGGCUGUGCGAGGAUGUGCGUGACAUGUGCGGGCUGCACCCACAGCACCCGCUCACCCUCAAGUGGGUGGACAGUGAAGGCGACCCUUGCACUGUGUCCUCCCAGAUGGAACUGGAAGAGGCUUUCCGCCUGGCUUGCCAGCUCAGGGACGACGGGCUCAUCAUCCACGUUUUCCCAAGCAUCCCCGAGCAGCCAGGCAUGCCUUGUCCAGGAGAAGACAAAUCCAUCUACCGCCGGGGAGCCAGAAGAUGGAGGAAGCUCUACCGCGCCAACGGCCAUCUCUUCCAAGCCAAGCGCUUUAACAGGAGCGCGCACUGCGGCCAGUGCGGCGAAAGGAUAUGGGGCCUCGCGAGGCAAGGCUACCGGUGCAUCAACUGCAGGCUGCUGGUCCAUAAACGCUGCCACGUGCUCGUCCCGCUGACCUGCAGGAGGCAUAUGGAUUCUGUCAUGCCUUCCCAGGAACCUCCAGUAGAUGACAAGGGCGACGACGUGGACCUUCCCUCCGAGGAGACAGAUGGAAUUGCUUAUAUUUCUUCCACCCGGAAACAUGACAACAUCAAGGAUGACUCAGAGGACCUUAAGCCAGUCAUCGAUGGGAUGGACGGGAUCAAGAUCUCUCAGGGGCUGGGGCUGCAGGACUUUGACCUCAUCAGGGUCAUCGGGCGCGGGAGCUACGCCAAGGUCCUGCUGGUGCGCCUGAAGAAGAACGACCAGAUCUACGCCAUGAAGGUGGUGAAGAAGGAGCUGGUGCAUGACGAUGAGGACAUCGACUGGGUGCAGACCGAGAAGCACGUGUUUGAGCAGGCAUCCAGCAACCCCUUCCUGGUUGGCUUGCACUCCUGCUUCCAGACGACAAGUCGGCUUUUCCUGGUCAUCGAGUACGUCAACGGAGGGGACCUCAUGUUCCAUAUGCAGAGACAGAGGAAGCUCCCAGAGGAGCAUGCCAGAUUCUAUGCUGCCGAGAUCUGCAUCGCCCUCAACUUCCUUCAUGAGCGAGGGAUCAUCUACCGGGACCUGAAGCUGGACAACGUCCUCCUGGACGCUGAUGGGCACAUCAAGCUCACGGACUACGGCAUGUGCAAGGAAGGCCUGGGCCCGGGAGACACGACAAGCACCUUCUGUGGAACCCCGAAUUACAUCGCCCCAGAGAUCCUGCGGGGAGAGGAGUACGCAUGGAUGUCCUGGACCCCCGCAGUGAUCCUGGAGAAGCCCAUCCGGAUCCCCCGCUUCCUCUCUGUCAAGGCCUCCCACGUCCUGAAAGGAUUUCUAAACAAGGACCCCAAAGAGAGGCUCGGCUGCCGGCCACAGACAGGAUUUUCUGACAUCAAGUCUCACGCCUUCUUCCGCAGCAUAGACUGGGACCUGCUGGAGAAGAAGCAGGCCCUGCCCCCGUUCCAGCCGCAGAUCACAGACGACUACGGGCUGGACAACUUCGACACGCAAUUCACCAGCGAGCCCGUGCAGCUGACUCCCGAUGACGAGGACGUCAUCAAGAGAAUCGACCAGUCAGAAUUCGAAGGCUUCGAGUACAUCAACCCGUUGCUGCUGUCCACUGAGGAGUCCGUGUGAGGCUGCGUGCGUCUCGGCCAUGGACACAUGUGGCUGGCCCUUUAACUUUGUCCGUAACCACAGCAUAUGCAUGCCAGGCUGGGCACGAGGCUCCGGCGGCCGGGGGCACGCUCGGCAGUAAGACCGUGGCGGGAGACGGCUGCGGCGCUUCCCAGAGCAGCACGGUCUCGUCUCGCGUGUGGGCUGGACAAGCCGGCUUCGCGCCGAGGAAUCUGCUUCUUGGGCCUGCACCCCGGAGGACCCACAUGUCUGUCCAGGGGGACUGUCACGCUCUUUGGAAGGUGCACAUUUUCCGCAGAAACAGAACUCCAUGCACUGACCUACUCUGCCAGGAGAGUUAGCGUGUAAUGUCUGAGGAAUAAAGUGUCCCGGUGAUGUCGAGGCUUCCUUCUGAUGCCUUUUUUCCGUGAGUGGCACCUGCCCUAGGCCCAGGCCCAGCACGCAUGGGAGGAGCCGUGCUUAGUCUGGAGACGGGCUGGGGACGGGCGUUCAAGUGCCUAUGGGGACACCGCCGCAAAGAGCCGUGACCCAUGCGGAACGUGUGCUGCAUCCUGGUAAGUUCCUGCUAGUGUCUAGCACAGUGUCCCUGAGCAUGUACCAAGCCUACAUCACCUGAGGAGGAAGUGGCCCCUUGGCCGGGAGGUGGCACUGGGUUGGGCCCGCUCUUGGACUGAGGAGAUUGGAUCUUAGAACAUCUAAAGCGUGCCCCAAAGCACCAGUGGACCAAAAAGGAAAAAGAAAUCGAAAACUAAGUCUGCACAAAAGAUAUUUCUGACACCACUGAGCAGUGCCUCCCGGUGUCUUGUGUUACUAAGUAUUAGACUUCUGGAAAAUAUUUUUCUCAGUCAUGCAACCCUCAGAGUUAGGAAUUUUAAGAUGAGCGUCUGACAGACCCAGCCUUAAAGUGAGCCAGUUCAGAAGGCACAAAGCACCCGCCUCGUCCCGAAAAGGUACGCCUCCCCACACCUGCCCCAUUGCUCUAUCACCCCCUCCCCCGGUGGAGGGGCAUCUUAGCAGUUGAGCAGGUUUUCUAGCAAGAGGGCAGUGGUCGGGGCUUUAAGGCCCUUCACGUCAGGUGUGGCAGAUCUGCCUCGAGCUCCUGGGGAGAGAGGAUCACUGCGCCCGGCCCGAGCAGAGGGAAAUCAUCCCGCACUUCUUGGGUCCAUGACAGCCAAGUCUCCUGCCAGGGCUGCUCACUCCUCCAUGGCUGGCGGCUGGGGGAGAUGAGCCUGUCACCAGCAGGCAGUGCCCGCCCCCAACACUCAGGUUUCUCAGGACGCCGUACACACAGGCUCACACGAGGCCCCAGGUGCUAGGACAGAACAGGCGCCCUGCAGACUCCUGGACAUCCACCCUCCCCAGCUUGGGUUUCCGGGAGGGAGAACGGCAUUCGCAGAGGGUGGCUGUUCCCCAUGCCAGCCAGUGGGGCUUCACACCAGAUACUGUAGCUAGGAACCACAGAGGCCGGGAGCUAACUUCCAGGUCUUGCAAGGGUGUCCCAGCUCAGGGUGGAGACCUCCAGGUGGAUGGCCAGGCUGAUCCAGGGCUGUGUGGGCAGACCUGCUGUGGGGUGGGAGGCCCCACUGUGUCCAGAAGGGGCUCACAAGCUGACUGCCUCAGUGAGCUGCACCCUCGUGCUGCCCGCAGGGGCCCCAACUUGUCAAAACUGAAGGCAUUUAUUUAAAUACUGCCAUGUUGCCAAAUCCCUUACUGGUACUAGUUUGGUUGCUCUUGUACAAAAUGUGUGAGUACCAUAUGUCCAUGAGGGGGAGACUUUUAUAUACAGUAACUUGUUUUAUUUAUAAAUUAAAGAAAGUGAAGGCACAUUGGAAUGUGGUUUGAAGAAAAGUCCUAACAUUCGCGAGGGCACUGGUCACGAGUGUGUCUUUGUAAUGGCUCACAAGAACAAUGGUGAGCAGCGACUGCGGCAUGUCUGCGUGGCUGCAUCCCAUGGGUGACAUGCUCACCUUCACAGCCAUGGCUGCACCUGUUCUCAUACAUCUAUUAAAGACUUUAAUGAGA